AUGGAAAAUGCAUGGGAUGCGAGUAUACUUGCAGACUACUUUAAAUACAAUAUGUAUAGUGGAGAAGCUGCGAAAGAAGGGUGGCUUUUAAAUUAUCAGGUAAAAGACAUAAUGUCUUCUGAGAAAAAGAGGCUUCUCACAACUGCAGUAUUCUACUUUAUAGACGCGGAAAAUAACAAUUUUCGGGUAGAGAUGCCGUUCUCCCCAAAGAUACUUCUAGAGGUUGCUGCAUCCUCGCUCUCUUCGGUUGAGGAUUACCUGAACGGGCGGUAUCCAGACAGCAUAAAGGCCACGGGCAUAGCCACCAGAACAGAUCUCCAGAAGAUGAACCAUCUGGCAACUGACGGAUCAGAGUACCUUGUGAUAAGCAUGUACUCUGAGAAGGAUGCCCAGCAGAUUAGAAAGGAGAUAGAUGAAAUCACAAGGAGAAAUACAGCGCGGCAGAAGGAAAGCGCAGUGACUCUUCUUUUUGCGAAAGAAAAAAGAGCCUGCCUUUUGCCAGACCCAGAAGAGUACAUACUGAGCAUAUGCGAAUAUGACAUUUCGGCGAGCAUUCAAAUGGCAAUUGAGCUGGAUAUCAACGCAGGAAAGUGGUACACUGUGCAGUACAUGGGAGGAUACAUUAUAGGGCCGUCAACGCGGGUUCUUCCGCCAGAUCUUAGAAUUUUCUCAUUUGAUAUUGAAACAACCAAAGACCCUCUUAAAUUUCCAUCUGCAGAUAAGGACCAGGUUAUGAUGAUAUCGAUAAUGAGUACCCAGGACGGAUGGCUGAUUACAAACAGGGAAAUAGUUGGAGAAGACAUUAUGCCGUUUGAGUUCAGGCCAAAAAGUGACAUUGGAGGGGAGUUUGAGAUCUGCAACGAAAAAAAUGAGAAAAACGUUCUGAAUAAGUUUGUAGAGAUCUUGCUGGCGUAUAAGCCGCAUGUAGUCACAACGUAUAACGGAGACUUUUUCGACUGGCCGUUUGUGGAGGCUAGACUGGCAGUGCAUGGAAUUAACAUGCAGACGUCAAUAGGCUUCUAUAAAACUGCGAUGGAGGAAUACAUAUGUCAUCACAUUUUGCACCUAGACUGCUACAAGUGGGUAAAAAGAGACAGCUACCUUCCGGCAGGCAGCCAGGGUCUGAAGAGCGUGACAAAGGCCAAGCUUGGGUAUUUCCCAGAUGAAAUAGACCCAGAGUAUAUGGUGGAGUGUGCAAAGAGCAACCCUAAAUUGAUGGCAUCCUACUCUGUUUCUGAUGCAGUGGCAACACACUUUCUGUACUUGAAGUAUGUCCAUCCAUUUAUUUUCUCGCUUGCGUCGCUCAUUCCGCUGCCGCCUGAUGAUGUGCUGCGAAAGGGGUCUGGAACACUCUGUGAGGCUCUUCUGAUGAAGGAGGCGUACGGGUGCGGAGUGCUGAUACCUUCAAAGAAAAAGUCACACAUUCUGCACAACUACAAUGGGUAUAUGGCGGAGUCGCUGUCAUACGUAGGAGGGCAUGUAGAGUGUCUUAAGUCUGGUCUAUACAGGUCAGACUUUGAAUACGAAUUUUCAUUCAACAGACAAGACCUGGAAAAGAUGGUGGAGCAGGUAGGCUGUGUGGUAGAUUCAGAGCUAGAGGGGAAGGAGUGCUAUAACAGGAGCCAGGUGAUAUCAGAGAUACAGGAGAAGUUGCGCAUUUUGCAAAAGUCAGACAAGGCUCGAAUGAAGCCGCAUAUUUACCAUCUGGAUGUGGGGGCGAUGUACCCAAACAUUAUUCUUACCAAUAGGCUGCAGCCAACUGCAGUGAUGGACGAUAAGGCAUGCGCGCACUGCGCAUAUGCACCAGAGAAGGACACCUGCCAAAGAAAAAUGAGAUGGAAGGGCAGGGCAGAGGUGCUUGCAGUUGGAAAAAAAGAUGUGCAGGCAAUAACAAAGAAGACAAGAAAUAUGUUCAUAGCGCGUAAAAGAGCACAGAAUGUGCAGGAGAAAACAAAAGCCGAGGAAGCAAUAGAUAAGAAGGGAAAUCAGCCGUAUAAAAAGGACACACCAAGGCAGCAGUCAUUCGAGGAGUGCUUGCGAGAUAAUCUCAUUGUGCAUGCAAAAAACACAAGCAAAAAGACAAGGGAGAUUGUUAUAGAGGACAAAGAAAGCAUUAUUUGCCAAAGAGAGAAUCCAUUUUAUGUAAAUGCUGUAAGGAAGUUUCGAGACCGAAGAAAUGAGUAUAAAAGACUGGCUAAGGAGGCAAAGGAGCAAGCGAAGAAGGCAGAGAAAGAAGAUGCACAGCUAGCAGGAGACUGGAAGAAAAAGGCCGGGAUAUAUGAUUCUCUGCAAAUUGCACAUAAGUGUGUUCUCAACUCGUUCUAUGGAUAUGUUAUGAAAAAGGGCGCUAGAUGGCACUCUAUGGAAAUGGCAGCUGUGGUGUGCCAGACAGGCAGCAAUAUCAUACAGAACACCAAGGCCGUAAUUGAUGCAUUUGGAAUAACGCUAGAGCUUGACACAGACGGAAUAUGGGCCCUGCUGCCUGAGUCGUUCCCUCUAAACUACACGCUUAACACGCCAGAUGGAUCUGUGAGGUUCUCGUACAUAUGCUCUCUUCUGAACUUUAUGCUGCUUGAUAAAUUCAGUAACCCGCAGUAUCUUAAAAAGGAGGAAUCAGGGGAGUACACAGUCAGCACAGAGAACUCCAUACGCUUUGAGAUUGAUGGUCCGUACAAGGCAAUGUUUCUGCCGGGCUCGAUGAAGGAAGGGGAGUCCAUUAAGAAAAGAUACAUUGUUAUAAAUAGCGCAGAAAAAAUAUCUGAGCUAAAGGGGUUCGAGUUUAAAAGGCGAGGAGAGCUAAAAUUUGUGAAGGCCUUCCAAGAAGAGACUUUUAAUCUUCUUUUACAAGGAAAAACACUACAGGAGUGCUAUGCUGUUCUGGCAGAGUGUGCAGACUACUGGAUUGAUAUUAUAGAAACACGCGCAGAGUCUAUGUCGCAGGAUGUGAUUUUCGGGUACUUUGGAGAAACCCGCAGUCUAGGAAAGAGCGCAGAUGCGUACUCUUCUGUAAAGUCAACCAGUCUUACAGCAGCAGCAAGACUUUCAGAACUGCUUGGGCAGGGCGUGGCUGCUAAAGGCACCGCAUGCUCUUUUAUUAUUGUUAAGUACCCAGAGAAUGCUCCUGUUACAUCACGAUCAGUCCCGCAGGCAGUAUUCCACUCUGAUCCGGAGACAAGAACAAGAUAUCUGCAGAAGUGGCUGGAGGUAAAAGUGGUUCCUGAGGAUAUUCGGGAGAUAAUUGACUGGUCGUACUAUUUAGAGAGGCUCUCCAGUAUAAUCACUCGAAUACUUAUUGUGCCGGCUUCUUUGCAGGGCAUUUCAAAUCCAGUGCACAGAGUACAGGCGCCUUCCUGGGCAAUUCGGCAUAGAAAAAUCACAGACUUCCUCCCGUGUGCUUCUAAGAAAGCGGAGGUAGCAAAAGAAUUAAUAGGAGAAGAGAAUGUGGGUGCGGUGACACUGGAAGAGCUUCAGAUUAAAGACUCCUUAGUGGAGAAUAUGCCUGAGAAUGCAUCGCUGAACGAGAACAGUAUUGGUGAGAACUCUGGCAUAAAGAAUCCCAAGCAGAAACAAGAAAAACAGAAAAGCACUGCAAACCACAUGGAUGCAAAGAUAACAGAGUUCCAGAAGCUGACAAACUUCAUCACAACUGAUAAAGAGGCAGAUGAAAGAGCAAGAAGACUCAAAGAGGCGCCAGAUGCACGAGUGCCUGCUGUAUUUAUUAGAGAGGCCUCUGAGGACAGGUAUACUGCAGUUUAUUUCGAGAACAAUUGCUUUGUAGAGAAAGUGGUUCCUCUGAAGAAAGUAUUCUAUCUGCAUGCUGACUCGCCUGUUUUGGAUAGAAUUGCAUCUGCAUAUACUUCUUUGAGCCCAGCAAUCCAUGCAGAGAGGCUUGUAUCUUUUGCCGUUGGUCUUACUGGCCGCAGAGAUUUUGUUAAAAUAGAAAUGGACACUGCAGAGUUUAAAACUAGAUUCCACCGGCAUACAGCUCUAUUAGAAACACCAGAAGUGCGUGGAAUAUAUGAGCUGAACACCCCAUCUAGAAUAGCAGCACUGUGCAAUUUGCGGUAUGAAAAGGUCGCAGUAUACGCGCUAGCAAAAUGCAUAUUGCAUAGAAAACCAAUCUAUGCUCUAUACAGCGGCAUAGAUGGCUCUAGCAUACCUUCUAUAACAGCAAUGCAAUCUUCUCCAGGAGUUGAGAUGUUCACUUCUCAGAAAGACCUUGUUGCAUCCCUCAAAAAAAAGGCACCUGGGCUGGUUUUCUGCACACCUGCAGUGCCUGCUCUAAAAGUUAAUCAUUUCUUUGUUCUAGUAGACACAGGGAUAGUAAAGCCAAAGGCAAGCAAGACAGGAAAGACAAGCCGUGAAAUGCCAGAAACAACUAGUCAGCAACCCAGCACUGCUACAGAUGAACAACCAAUCGAGAAAGAGGAAGACACUGCAAAUAUUGAUGAAAACCCAACCGCUACUGAAGAGAACCCCUCUAAGAGUUCUAAGACAAUUUCUAUUAAGGUAGAUGAGUUGCCCGAUCAUGUUAGAAAAGAAUUAAUUUCUGCUUUGCAUCGUGCAGCUAAAAAGGCAUUAAGCUUGACCCAGCUGGCUUCAUACGCAGAUAUUCCCGUUCUUCCAGGUGACUGGCCCUGCGAAACACUAGUGCUUGAUUUACUCUACCAUAGGAAGAGAAAGAGCCGGCAAAUUCUGGGAUGGAAUGACUCCUUCCUUAUGAGGAAAAAGCACUAUUCUCCUGGUAGAGUAGAUGAAAAUCCCUUCAAAACAGAGUUCUGCAAGGAGGGCAUCUACACAGGAAUAUCCUCUGUAGUGUCUGUAUCAGGCUCAGUUCUUCUGAGUCUUAUUGAGGCAGAUACUCUUCUGCGGGAAGAAAGAUCUUCAUAUGCUCUUUGCCCAGAAAUGCAUGCUUUACAGGACCUUGCAAAACAUAUUGUAUACUCAUGCAUACAGCAGGAGGAAGGAGCCAACUCACUCGCAAGAUCAGUUUCAUUCUGGCUUCGCACGCCUGGAAUAGACUCAGCUCUGCCCGCGCGUCUGUCUGAGAAGGCUUCCUUGCUGCAAACCAAGUUCAUUGCCAGAAUUGUUUCCGCAAUCAAUGCAGCAGGCUGUGAAGUAGUAUCUGCAGACUCGGAAGAGCUAAUUCUGCACACAGGACAGAGCACCUUGCAGCAAGCCCAGGUGCAAACUAACUAUGCUUUGUCAGAAGUUACUUCGCGCACAUACGGCUCUCUAUUGCAGAUUGAUGUAGUAGACUGGCUUAGUCAGGCUGUUUUUGUAGACUCUGCAAACUAUAGGAAAAUAUUCUUGUCGGGAGAAAAAGUGCAGUCCUUUAUAACAAAGGUGCCCUCACAGGCAGUAGAUGAUUUGCUUGAAAAAGACGACUUGCAGGCGCUAGAGUGGAUUCAAUUUGUAUAUCAGCAGAAUCAAUCAGAGGGCAUCUCAGCUGCUAGGCUCUUUAUAAAAAUAUUCGGGCUUAAGUUUUCACAGGGGGACUUUCCUAGGAAGGCUGCGCGUCUAGUUGAGCUAAGUCCUUUUUCUGAGGAGAUGCAGGCAGGCUUUGGUGAGAGUAUAUGUGUUUUAGUGGAGUGCAGGUGCUCAGCAGGAACAUCUUUCAAAUCACAGCCUCCUUCUCGCAAAUGGCUGGAGGAAUGUAUGUAUGGAGAUACAUUUUUCAGUGAUCUACUGUUGGAGAAACGAAAAAUAGAUCUUCGAUGCAGAAAGUGCUGCAGGAUAUUCUCACGGGAUGUCUUGGAAAAAUGCUUUAUUCAGAAAAUGCAUACAGUAGCAGAGACAGCAGUUAAAAUGGAGAAAAAGUGCUCUCUUUGCAAACUUCCAAGUAAAAGUGCUUUGUCACAGAGGUGCUCUUGCGGUGGCCGGUUUGCUAGAGAUAUUAACAAAGCGUGCAUUGAAGCGAUGCAGCAUAUCGCCGGGCUGUGCGCGCUUGCUCCGAUUGCUUCAGUUAUUGUCUAUGCAAGAGAGAUAGUGGCAUAUCUUGACCAAACCAAGCAGAUCUUAAAAUAA